CUUCUUCUUCCUCCUCCUCUCUUCUCCACGGGGACGCGAGGGCGAUGGACGCCGGCUGUCUGCGGGGCCGCAGCCUGCUGCUCUUCCUCGGUUACCUAUUGCAAGGAGUCCUGGGCACAACAGUGAUCCCAUUAUGUGGGCCUGGUGAAAUGGAGAACUGCACAACAGCACUAAUCCAGACAGAGAACAGUCCACGUGUGGCUCAAGUCGGGAUAACUAGAUGCAAGCCUGAAAUGAAGGACUACUGCUUCCAUGGACAGUGUGUGUACAUAGUGGACUUGGAUGAGCACUAUUGCAGGUGUGACGUAGGCUUCUCUGGCGUCCGAUGUGUGCAUUCAGAACUUGUCAGACAACCCCUCAGUAAGGAGUAUGUGGCACUGACAGUUAUCAUAGUUCUACUUUUCCUCACUGCCGUCUCUAUUGCAAGCUACUACAUCUGCAGAAGGUACCGAAGCAAGAAGAGACAAACGAACGCCAGUGAAUACAAGGAAGUUGGUGCCUUGUAGAAGAAACGGUGGCUUCCUACAGCGUUCCAUUCAUCUGCAUGGAGUCAGUGGCUUUCCAUCUAUUUAAAUGUUAUUUUUGUUAACAAUAUUUACAAUAUUUAUAUCCUUUUAAAAAUUUCAAUUGUUUGGUGAUCCAAUCAGUAUAGGUCAAGCAUUUUAUUUUCAGUGUUUUAUUUUUUUAUUAAAUAAUAUUUCCUAGCGAGAACCCCACCUAAGUGGUUCUGUGGGAUAGAGAUAUAUUUUUAUAAAAACUCAUCUUCUUACUCUGAAGAGUAAUUUUAUAUUUAUUCUUGUGAAUAUGCUUAAAACAAUUCUACUCCUUGAAAUAAAAGUUCUAGACAAAG